GUUCAUCAGGCAAUGGAAGAGUUGGCUUUGUCCUGUAUCAAAAUGACAAACUCUUCCAGUCAAGGAUUUAAAGUUGCAGCAGUUUCUGUAAACAAAUAAUCUCUGGCAACAUUGGUGGUGGAAGAACCAGUGGUGUUGAAACAGCCUUCAGUCCUAAGUACAACACAUCCGAACUGCAUCCUGCCUGUGUCUUUCGGGAAUAUACUGUCAAUGACUGGAGCACUGCCAGCUGUGCAAAAGGAAAAGACCAGUUCUUGAGCUGCAGGUGUAAUCACACUACUAAUUUUGCUGUCCUGAUGGCCUUUCAGAUAAAAUAUAAACAUGCAAAGCCUUUGGAGUGUAUUUCCUACACUGGUGUUGGAUUGUCCAUUGCUGGUCUGGUCAUUACCACUUUGUUUCAAAUAUUCACUAGGAAAACUCAAAAGUCAUCUGUAAUGUGGAUGUUAGUGAGUCUCUGUUUCUCUAUGCUUAUUUUAUUCAUCUCUGGAAUUGAAAACCAAAACGCCAUGAAUCACAGCAGUGAUACCACCAGCUACUACCAGCAGUACCUUCCUUAUGAUACUGCCAGUAACACCUUACUCACAUCUGACGUGGUAGAUCCUCCCGCAGACUCCUGGGGGAUGGUUGUGGCUGUCCUACUGCACUAUUUUUUGUUGGUAACAUUUAUGUGGACAGCACUCAAUUUUGCACAGUUGUACUUACUGCUGCUUAGAGCCAUGAAGCUCCUGCCUGGACACUUCCUUGUAACCAUGUCAGUAAUUGGAUGGGUUAAGAUUUAAAGUCAUAUAUAUAGCAUCUCUUACCAAAGUAUCAGUACAUAGUACAUUCAGGGAGAGUUUUGCUGGCUUGCAGCACUGGAUCAAAAUCAGAAUUUCAGUGUGCAAAAGCCCACGUUGUGGUCAUUCCUUUUGCCAGUAUUCCUGCUUAACAUCAGCAUCUUCAUCAAGAUCACAGUCUCUGUGAUAUGGAAGAAGAAUGAGAAUUUGACAAGGAAUAAAAAGGAUUAAUUUAUGAAAAAGAUGACUGGCACUAUCUCUAUAGUUGCAGUGCUCAGAAUCACCUGGACGAUAGGGUACCUCAUGUUAGUAAGUCAUGAAGAAACAAGUCUGGUUUUCAGCUAUCUGUUCUGCAUUUUGAAUGCUACCCAGGGACUUCAGAUUUGUAUUCUGCACAGUUUCAGAUCACCAAUCUUCAAGAAAAAAGUUUCCGAAGUGUUUCGUGUUUUCUGGGUGCCAGAGGUACCAUUGUACCUGCAUUCAAGAACUUAGUACGUUUCAAAAUCACAGCCUGCAAAACAUUCACAGGAAACUUCCAGAUCAACACAGACUUUUUCAGAGACUUAUUUCCUUGUCUACCUUCCCUAA